CAGAUGAAAAUUGUCAGGCUCGAGAGCGCCUGGCUGGUGCACGCCUCGUCUCAGGAAAAUCUUCCCAGUCUUCAUCAAUGAGUUUCACAGCCUCCAGGAGAUGAGGCGCACUGCUUCUCUAGUGAUGAAGGUCUUCAUACAGAGGGACUACAGCGAGGGGACCGUCUGCCGCUUCCAGACUAAGUUUCCCCCCGAACUGAACAGCAGGAUUGAGCGAAACUUGCUGGAGGAAACGGUGAAGACGCUCAACUCGUUCUACAUGGAAGCUGAAAAAAUCGGAGGCCAGUCGUACCUGGAGGGAUGUCUGGCCUGUGCGACGGCGUACAUCGUCUUUUUCUGCAUGGAGACGCGCUACGAAAAGAUUUUGAGAAAGAUUACGAGCUACAUCCAGGAUCAGAAUAAGAAAAUUUAUGCUCCGCGAGGGCUGCUGAUCACCGACCCCAUCGAAAGGGGAAUGCGAGUUUUAGAGAUCAGCAUAUUCGAGGACCGAGGCUCGAGCAGCUCCAGCCCCAGCAGCAGUGCCUCAUCGACGGCGGGCAGCGCUCGGUGACUGGAGGGCCAGCGCCAGGCUUACGGGUACCACCACGGGGCAAGCGGGACGCACACAAACAUCCGCAUGCUGAAACACGAGAGCACCCGCUUUUGAGGGGAGAUCCACGCCGAGACCUGCAACUCGGUAACAGGAGGAAGCCACACUACGACAGAUAUCAAAUAAUAUUUGCAGUCCGACUCUAAAGCAAGAUAUUUGUUUCCCCCACUCACCAUUUGUCUCAGUCCAACUAUUCACUUUAUUUCCCAUGAGUCCAUCUUUCACUUAUAGCUGAGUCAGCAAGCUCACACUUGAUUAGUGUCAACAUGUAAUUGGCUGAGAAAGGCAGGCAGUGUUUAUAUGGUGAUGCACUGUCAAGGCUAUUGCAGCAAUUCCCUUAAUCAGGGUUGGAAAACUACCACUCACUCUUCUCCAGUUUAUUGGAAAGCCAUUUAGAUAGCGCUGCUAUGCUAAAUAUAUUCAGCCUCAUCAACUAGCAGCGCUUUUAGUAUUAGCAUUAUGCUUCUCAUUUACACUAGUGAAUAGUGUCAAGAUUGAGAAAAAAUAUGCGAAAAUAAAUGUGUCGAAAUGUCAGCUGAAUACUCUAAUACUCGGCUGAAUCAUUUUUGCAUAUUGAAUUUUAUUUCUUGGCUAAUGGCAUGAAAUUAGAACUUAAGUUAUUCCGCAUUUCCACACCCACACUGCAGGUGGGACCCCCCACGCAAAUCAAAAAUAUCUCAGAUAUUCUCAGAAAUUCAAGCUGGGAAGUCGUGUACGGUCAUGCGUGGAUUCAGCUGCAGAUAUUUUUACCGGCCUGGGCCACAGUUGCUAUUCUCUGAGGUUUAAUACAAGCUCUAUAAAAAUGCUUGUUCUUUUAGUUGUAUAGACCUGCGUCCCAGUGCGACCUCAAGCAAUCAAGUAAAAUAAACACAUUGGUAUAAAAGUAGAAGUGUCUGAUACAUAUUGACAUAGCUAAUCUAAAUUGUCAAAUUUAAACCAUAUUUUGCACGUGGGCAAUGACUUGCUUGUUGGUGGAUUUGAGGGUAGCAUUUCCAUGUCAUCCAGGAAAACACAGUUCUAGCUCCCUCUAGGGUAAGACUACUGCCACGGUUAACUCCAUUGUUAUGUUUCUGUCUUUGAGCCUUCCCAUGUAUUGUUUGAACUCAUCUUCUUAUGCCUCAGUAACUUACCAAACUAGAAAUAUAACAAUAAUACCUGCAUGGUCAAGUUGCACAAGUGUGCAUCCUCCUGAGCUUUUGAUGCCUUCAUGUUUCAUCCCAGUGGUGCCCAACCUGGUGCUGACGGACUGAGCCAUUUCAAAUGACUUUUGCUGCCAGUGAGCCACAAACUCACUUUAUAGACAGUGUAUAUUAAAAAAAAAAAGGCAGCAUAUGUGAGAAAACUCCGCUGCACGUGCUUGUUAAUACUGAUUUACAAAGAAGACUGUACAAAAAGUAUAUGCUUGAAAAUUAUAUAAUUUAUACUGAUGAAUAGUAAUUGGUAGAUUUUAUAUAAUAUAUAAUAAUUUGUAUUUUUUGUACAUGUAUGUUGAUUCACUUUAUCAACUGUCUAAUAACAAUCUUGUCACCAUCGUAUAUUAACAAUAAUACUGUAUGUGAGCAUGUGAAGCUUAAUAGUUUUUUUUUUGCAUCGCACCUCUAAAAUUUUCUACAAUGAUGCAUUCUAAAAUUCAGUAUUUUCUCAUAUAGUAGUUCUAAAUUUUAUUUUAUUACAAACUUCCUAUAGUUUCAUUGCAUUUGUUUAUUGUGCUAUAUAUUGCUGUAUAUUUCAAAAAAUUAUAUUUCUAUAGUACUACAAGUACUAUUCAUAAUACAGUAUCAAGUAAAGUAACACAAUAAAAUUGCCACAAAUAAGCUGCUUGGUAAAAAUAAUGUAUAAUAAUCAAUUAAAUAAUAUGUAAGUGUUAUUUUAA